CUUUGGAUCAGGUCAGAGGAAAAAGCCCAUUUCAACUGUCUGUAUAUUAUAAGAGGCCUAAAUGUUAUAUAAAUAGAUUAGAAGCACUCUAGGGUUUCACCCCUUGUUCGACACACCACUCUAGGGUUUCUGCAACAUUUCUCUUCGGCGAAAGAGAGGUAGAAGAAAAUGCCUGCCGGACACGGUCUCAGGUCCCGUACACGUGAUCUCUUCUCACGUCCAUUCAGGAAGAAGGGUUACAUUCCUCUCUCAACCUACCUCAAGACUUACAAGACCGGUGAGUAUGUCGAUAUCAAGGUGAACGGAGCCAUUCACAAAGGUAUGCCCCACAAGUUCUACCAUGGCCGAACUGGACGUGUCUGGAACAUCACCAAGCGUGCUAUUGGUGUUGAAGUUAACAAACAGGUUGGCAACCGUAUCAUCAAGAAGAGGAUUCAUGUUCGUGUGGAGCAUGUCCAGCCCUCAAGAUGCACCGAGGAAUUCAGGAACAGAAAGUUGAGAAACGACAAGCUCAAGGCCGAGGCAAAGGCCAAGGGUGCUGUUAUCAGUACCAAGCGCCAACCAGAGGGCCCCAAACCCGGGUUCAUGGUUGAAGGUGCUCAAUUGGAGACAGUUACCCCCAUUCCAUAUGAUGUGGUCAAUGACCUUAAAGGUGGUUAUUAGAUCGUUUAUAUAUUUUUUUUCUCAAUGCUUUUCUCUGUGGUUUCUGGUUUUGUUUUCUGGACUACCAAUGGAAAUGUUUUGUUAAGUAGUUAAAAACUUAAGAGGUUUCGAAUUCUUGUUAGUUUUAAUUAUAUUUUGAAUACUAUUAUUCUAAAUACAAUUUUGUUUUAAUGGC